CGUAGUUGCUCAUUAGACGAUGGAGAUGGAGAUGAGAGCCGAAGAGGAGAUAGAACUAGGACAAGACUUAACCCCAUCACUCCCUCCUCUCUCUUUCGCUCUCCACGACUCCCUUCUCUCCUCUCACUGCUCUUCCUGCUUCUCUUCCCUCCCUCCUCAACCUUUUCCCCCUCUCCAUACCCCUCCCUUUCCCAACAAUUCCCACCAUGUCCACUACUGCUCCCCACUCUGCUCCGCCUCCGAUUCUCCCCUCCACCUCUCCAGCGCCGAGCCUCGUCUUCUCCUCCUCCUCCAUUCCCACCCCCACGGCGACUCCUCGGACCUCCGCGCCGCCCUCCGCCUCCUCCACUCCCUUCCCGCCACCUCUCCCCCCGCACUUCCCCGCAUCUCCGGCCUCCUGACCAACCGCCUCAGAUUCAUUGACCACGAUGAUGAUCUCAGAAUUCGCGACGGCGCCAGGGCUAUGUUUCUCGCCAGGACAAUGCGGGACGCUCAGGACGACGACGACGCCGUUUUGGAGGAGGCUGUGCUGUGCCUGGUCCUGACCAACGCCGUCGAGGUCCAGGAUAACACCGGCCGCACCCUCGGAAUUGCAGUGUACGAUUCCUGCUUCUCUUGGAUCAACCACAGCUGUUCUCCCAAUGCCUGCUACCGCUUUCUGCUGUCCUCGCCGUCGCCGCCGCAGUGCGCUGAGACGCCGCUGCGUAUUGUCCCCGCCGGCCAAAUUGAGGGUGGUGUUUGUAGCAAGAAUUUGUUAACAAAAGAAUGCGGGAAAUAUGGUCCAAGAGUGAUAGUUAGGAGCAUCAAGAGAAUCAAUAGGGGAGACGAAGUCACUAUUACGUACACUGACUUGUUGCAACCAAAGGCUAUGAGGCAGUCUGAAUUAUGGUCAAGGUAUCGGUUUGUGUGCUCAUGUAAGAGAUGUAGUGCAUCACCCUUAACUCAUGUCGACCAUGCUUUGGAGGAUAUCUAUGCAGUCAAUUUCAACUCUUCCAGAUUGAGUUCAGAUAUUAGCUUCAAUAGAGACAAGGCAACUGAAAGAUUGACUGAUUACAUUGAUGAUGCUAUAGCUGACUAUCUGUCAAUUGGUAAUCCUGAAUCUUCUUGUCAGAGGCUUGAGCAGGUACUCACACAAGGUCUUUCUGAUAACCAGCAAGAGGGAAAUGAAGAAAAAUCAGAGUUAACUUUCUGGUUGAACCCAUUGCAUCACCUCUCUCUAAAUGCGUACACCACAUUGGCUUCAGCGUAUAAAAUCCUUGCAGAUGACCAAUUAACUUUAUCUUCUUCAAUAGAGUCAAUAGGCAAUCAUGUAAUGAAAGCUUUUGGCAUGAGCAGGACAAGCGCGGCAUACUCAUUGUUGCUCGCAGGCGCAGCUCACCAUCUCUUUAACUCUGAAUCUUCCCUAGUUGUAAAUGUUGCACAUUUCUGGACGAUCGCUGGGGAUUCCUUGCUAAAUCUUGCUAAGAGCUCACUCUGGAGUGAGAUAAACAGAUGGGAUUUGCCUGUGUCAGACCACUUGGAACUAUACCGUAUUGCAAAAUACAAAUGUCCAAAGUGCUCAUUGAUGGAUAAAUUCGAAACUUAUUCAUUUCAUGAUCCAGUGAAGCAUGCAGAUUUUGAACAUGCAUCGAAGGAGUUUCUUGAUUGUGUCACUAACUUAACACAAAAAGUUUGGUAUUUUCUGGUUCAAGGUUGCCGCUAUCUGGGACUUUGUAAGAAUCCUAUAGAUUUUUGCUGGCUUGACACUUCAAAAUAUUCAAGUGAAUGUGAAGUUCUUACUCAGUCUACUGGUACUAACUGUGGGAAUAAAAGAAGUUUUUCUGGAAGUGAAGCAGAGGAAGACACCAACCAGUUAAGGAUGUAUGUUUUAUAUCUCGGUGUCCAUUGCUUACUAUAUGGAGAAUUUCUUGCGAGCAUAUGUUAUGGUAGGUAUUCCCAUUUGACUUGUCAUGUUCUUAACAUUUUAGAUCGUGAAGAGAAAUCAUCAAAUCCUUGUCAUUGACUGCA